UGUCACUCUCUCCCUCUCUGCUGCCGUCACCUGCUCUUGUCACCAAAACAGAAACAGCAUCUGCACCCAAACAUCACCAUUCCCAUUUGGGCCUUUCGAUCCAGACGGAUCCAUCCAGUCUUCCAUUGCACUUACUUGCUUGCCUUGCACUUUGUCACGUACCAACCAGCCUUGAUACCAUUUCACGAUCUCGAUCUUUUUUUCUUUCGUUAGUUGUCAGUCAAUUUGUGGCUCCUCGUGAGACAUCCACUUUCUUCAGUUGGUCACUCAUUGGAGAAAGAAAAUAUUUUCAUCUUUUCUUUCCAUCUUCCAUACUACGUACAACGCAGCCUGACUUGACAGUCCAUAAUCUAUUUGCCUCGACUUCCUCAACCAACCUAGUAGUUCCACUGGGCCGACAAACAAACAAACCUAAACACACUUUUUCUUACGAACCACACUACGAUCAUUUCCGAACUCUUCUCUCGUUCAUCUCUUCUUUCGCUUCCACCGGCCACGUCCACCGACCGCACCAUCCAUCUCACCCUCGGGCGCCUCCCUGCAUAACACCAUCCGGCCUGCAGUCCUUCCCUUUGGCGACCAAUGUCCGUGAAUGUCGUCCUUGCCGCACACUAAUUGGCCGCCCAAACAGCCAUAGCCUGCCCUUCGGUUUGGUCCCGUCCCAUCCUUGCAUGCAAACCUGGAACCUGCAACGGCAUCGAUCCUGAAUUGAACCACCCACACACACCCACACACACACACACACACACACACACACACACCACCCCGCCGCCGCCCGGUCAAUAAUCCAAACUCGAUCUCCGCUCUCCAUCCCGUGCCCGUCUCCCUGGGUUCCGCUUCUGCCCUGGGCCACCAGUCCAGUCGAGUCGCAUUGGGCUACUCGAUAACCUUGGGCAGAGACGAUCCCCGUCACCUCGGCGAUACAUACUUCAAAUCACAUUCCCGGAAACAGCUUUCUGGGUUCGGGUUGCUAGUGUUGGACCGCAACAAAAGGUCAUGGCGACACAUUGGCCACCCCGGUCUCCCCACGAAGCUCUCAUCAGCACCCCGCGAGGCCGCCAGCGCUUUCGUGAAAUGCAAACGUCGCCCACCCCGUCGCCGUCCAGACUCAGAAUGUCCCGUUCGAACCCCGCCCUAGCGGCGCGCUACACCGACAAUGAGGACGCCGUUAUGAUUGACGUGGACGACGUGGAGGAUGACGACGACGAAGACGAGGAGAUGGUACAGCUGAAGCUGCAGGAAAUCCAGGCGCGCAUGAAGUUGAAAAAGAUACAAAAUGCAAAGGCGCAAAGAAGGGCUAACUCGUCCAUGGAUGCACGAUCGAAUGGAGGCCGACCAGAAAGCGCUUCGGCCAACAACAACAAUAACAACAACUCGAUGCAGCCCCCGGCCGGACUUCCCAUUCAGUCAAGGUUAGCUGCGGCAAGAGAUAGGAUGGAACAACAGUCAAAUUCCGUUCAGAUCCCCGCUUCGCCGGUCAGGAGGGGACGUAGUGAAUCCGCUCCUCAGCCACCUCAGUCCCCCACGAGGCUCAUGUUGGGAAUCGACAAGGGACGAAAAGCGGCCGACAUGUCACUGAAAAGGGCGCCCACAUUACGAAAGGUCGAAAGCGAACGUCCCUCCCAGAAUCUAAACUCCCAACAGUCAGGCUACUUGCGACGGUCCAUGACGACAUCCUUUAGCGAAGAUCAACCCAGCUCUAGCUCCCGUCGUCCUGUCAGCUUCGACGGGCGCGCAAGUUCUUUCUCGCAGGCAGAAGAAAGGCGUCCUUUAAGUUUCAACGAGCGUCUAGCAUGCGCCAGGAACGAAGAGCAGGAGCGCAGGGAAAAGGCACAGAGGAUACAGAAGAUCAGGAGUAAUGCCUUCAGUAUCGGCAGGGAAGAGAUGGAGGAGUACAAGACAAAAGCGGUGGAUGUUCCCGAAGUUCCAUACAAAGCCCCAGAAUAUUCUCGCGACGAUAUCCUGUCAGCGACUGGAAGAUCUUCAUCAAGGCCAACAACCAUGAGCGCAUCAUCAUCGUUCACACAACCAAGCUCAACACAAGUCAACUCGGACAAUGAACCUGGCUUCGAACCUUAUUCAGGUCUUCGCCUGUCCAAGCGCAUUCUUCCCCAUAAUGUGGUCACUCGCGCUAUUACAGGCAAGAAGACCUACGGUUUGAAGGACCUUUUGCGGCAAGUCAAGGCACCGGACUGGUCCCUUCCCGAUGUCGAGUCUGAUGUAGUCGUUUUCGCCAUUGUCGCAACCAAGUCUGAACCGCGCAGCCAUCGUAGCGAUGGCAAGCCCUUGCAAGAACGUGGCAAGUACAUGGUCAUCAGCCUCUGUGAUCUUCAGUAUGAAGUGGAACUGUUUCUCUUUAACUCCGGAUUCGACCGCUUCUGGAAGCUCACGCCGGGAACCAUUCUCGCCAUCCUCAACCCCACCAUCAUGGCGCCAAAACAAGGUCAGCAAGAUACUGGUCGGUUCUCAUUGGUGAUCAACAGCGAUGAGGAUACCAUUUUGGAGAUUGGUAAUGCGCGCGACCUAGGUUAUUGCAAGAGCAUCAAGAAGGAUGGCAUGCUUUGCAAGAGUUGGGUCAACCUCCGUCGUACAGAGUAUUGCGAGUUCCAUACCAACGAAGCAGUCACCAAGUCGAGACAGGGAAGGUUGGAAUUGAACAACUCAUUCGGGUUUGGAGACAAAUAUAAGCAAAACUCUAGGUACGCCAAGAGUGAAGAGGCCAAGAGAAAAGAGGAGGAAAUACGACUGAGGGGUCAAUACGACCGGUCAACCGGCAGUCACUUCUUCAUGAACCGUACUGCCGCGGAGCUCAUUGAUGGCGGUGGCAUGGCUGAUCAGGCUGAGAAGAAGGAGGCUAUCAAGAGAAGCUUGGCGAGGAAGGAGAAGGAAGCUGAGAUUGCAAGAAAACUGGGCGAGGUGGGUGGUGGUGCUGGGAGAGAUUACAUGAGUCGAGCCGCUGGUGGUCUUCGCGCAAGUUUCUCUUCUACCAAUUCAGUACCCAUGUCAGGCUCUACCUCCUUCUCGUCAGCCACAGCCUCGACACCCAUGUCGUCACUGUCUGGCCACAGCCAAAGCAACAGCACAAAUGACCCGCUAGGCUUUGGCGGCAGACCCCGAUAUGACCUUCAAGCCCUCGGUCUACUCCGCAAAAAGGGCGAAGAACAACCCAAAAUCGAUCUCGGCCCAAUAAAGCGCAAGCGUCCCGAGUCCGCCCAGUCAAGUGAAAACAGCUUCAGCAAGUCCAACUCUACCAGCAGCGCAACCAUCACCCCCUCCAACUACACCACCAACACGAAAGCCCCCUCCUUGGGCUGGGGCUCCAGCCUGCGCGACAAGCUUUCGAGAAUGAAAGAAGGCGAGCGGCUCAACCUUUCCCACCGCCCCAGCAACUCCAGCAUGCGCGAUUCCACCCCCGCCCUUACCAACUCCUCGUCCACCACCGCUUCGACCGGCCUCACCCCGGCCAUCAACCGUCUCUCCACCUCCGCUAGAGACUUCAACUUUACAAACUCCUCCUCCAACACCCAGACUAACCUCCCUAACCGCCCCUCACCCGCCGUCCGCUUCUCCGCCGCCCCCAAUAAUUCUUCUGGUACUACAACCACCACCAACGGUCCCACCACUUCCCAUCACCACCACCACUCCUCCUCCUUAUCCUCCUCUCGCCUCCUCGGCGUCUCCGCCUCCGCACGUCUAGCAGCUGCGAGAGCAGCCGCCGCCGCACAAGCUGCUGCUGCUGCUGAUGGGCACUCGCAAGGGUCGCAACCGCCUGUCAGAAAAAAGACGCGGUUCGUGACGGAUAAGGGGAUCAGAGAGGCGGGCAGGGAUAGUCUGGGGGACAAGGGGUUUUUGAUGAGUGCGGCGCAGAAGAAUAGGAGGCAGGUGGUGCUGAGCGAGGAUGAUGAUGAUGACUUGAUUGUUUUGAAAUGAUUUGUCUGGGAGGGGAUAGUACAUGCAUGUCGCUGGGGUGGAUGGGGUUGUAGUAGUGUAGUGGAAUCGCGAAGAGGUUAUGGCAUGUGAUGUCUGGAUAUACGGCAGUCGAUUGGUCUAUCGGUCUAUCGAUCGAUCGAUAGGGUAUCUUGUGGCUUCGUUAACGUCUGUACUCUGAAUGGAUGGAUGGAUGGAUGGAUGGCUCUUCAGCAGCGGCUUUCUUUAUAGACUGGUAUGGUAUGUCUGGUAUGGUAUGUCUGGUAUAUGGUACGGCUUCAACUGUUUUUGAUUGGGACAUUGCUUGGGACAUGAUGGAUAUGGAUUGAUGGAUGGAUGGGGUUUCCGGAAACUUUGAAUCUUUUUUCUCUUGUAUGAUGAAUUGAAUGACCACACACAACACAACACAACACAAACAUGAGGAAUGGAUACAUUACAUUAAAUUGGUGUUAAUGGGAUAUGGCUUGCUUCUUUCUCUUUCUGUGUCACUCCCUUCAACCUCUUUUCUUUAGUUCAUACUUACCACAAAGUCAUAUGCACUGAUACGAAACCCCUCAAGGUUGAUGUUAUUCAUAGGUACCUACUACAAAUCCGUAGGAACAAAUACCGAUACGCUCGC